AUGGCACCGUCAGAGUAUGCCGUUAGCGGAGGAGGGCGAUUAAAGAUCAAAGGAUCCAAGGUCCAAGACGGCCGCGUGGAUAAGAAGAAGAAAAAGAAGAAGAAAGAGAAAGAGAAGGAGGGAGGAGAUGCGACUGUGAGGACGGAGGAAGAGGAUACGAGAGAGAGUGCUGGUGAAGCGGCGAGCUUGAAGGAGAAGGACGACCAGGACAGGAGAGUUGGCGAGCUGGUUUCGGAUGAUGGGAAGACUGCGGCUGAGAGACGGUAUGCCGAGGCGAAGAGGAAGAGGGUACGUAUAACGUCAACUACUACUCCGACUCCCUACUACCUGGAGCAAGGCUGGCUUACACUUCUCAAGCUAAACGAACGACUAAAGCGCGAGGGCGUCAAGACACAUAAAGAGCGUGUGGAGGAGCUAAACAAGUACCUCAGUAACCUGAGUGAACAUCACGACAUGCCGAGAAUCGGACCUGGAUAA